AUGACAUUGAAAAUUCAAGCACUCGAUGUAAUACGGAAGAAACCCCUGUAAAAAAAGGGAGACUUUCUGAAAAAAAACUAGUGAUCGAAGAAUGGUUGAAUGAACUUCCGAAACUUCCAGCUCAUUAUUGCCGUAAGGAUUCCAAGAAACUGUAUUUAGAACCAAUAUGGGACACAAAAGUUGCCGUUUAUAAUAAAUACAAGAACGAUUGUAUUUCACAAAACAAACAGUGGUCAAGUAAAGCUAUGUUUUUUGAGAUAUUUGACUCCAAGAAUAUUGCUAUCUACACCCCUCGCAAAGAUCAGUGUGAUUUGUGUUGUGGCUACAAGUCAGGGAAUGUUCCCGCAGAAAUUUGGCAGGCCCACAUAACUGAAAAAGAUUUGGCAAGAAAAGAAAAAGAAAUAGAUAAACAAUUAGCUUUAGAUGGAAAAUCCACUGUCUUACAGCAGAUGUACAAGCUGUAAAAGUGACGCCAUAUUCGUUAGCAAGCGCAAUGUAUUAUAAGACCAAACUCUGCAACCACAAUUACACUGUGUAUAAUCUAUCCACUCACCACUGUACUUGCUACUGGUUUAGCGAGGUUGAAGGAGACUUAUCCGCAAACUCGUUUGCUACUUGUCUUAUUAAUUAUUUAGAAGAGCAAUGUAUGGAUCCCCCUUUGCCGAUUGUUUUGUAUACACUGAUGGCUGUAGUAAUCAAAACAGAAACCAGUUCUUGGCUAAUGCCCUACUUCAUUUUUCGAAGCAGAAUAACGUUGAAGUUACUCAAAAAUUUUUAAUAAAGGGCCAUACACAAAUGGAGGGGGACUCUGUCCAUGCUUUGAUAGAACGAAAAUUAAAAAACAAGGAAGUCUACUCGCCUUACGAGUUGGUGAAGUACACAAAAGAAGCACGCGAAAAGCCUUUUCCAUAUGAAGCAAAAUAUUUGUAUAACGAUUUUUUCAAAGACUUUUCAAAAAUCAGCUACUACGACUCUAUACGCCCUGGAAGAAAAACAGGUGAUCCAGUUGUCACUGACAUACAUGUACUUAAGUACAAACCUGAGGGGAAAAUCAUGUACAAAAUGAAUUAUGAUGAUGCCUAUAAAGAUUUGCCGAGACGACCCCAGAACGUGGACCCUAGCUCUAAACCAGGAGCCCUGUACAAAGGCAGACUUUCCAUAACAGAAAAAAAGUACAAGCAUCUGCAAGAAUUAAAGGCUGUCAUCCCCAGAGAAUAUCAUAGUUUUUAUGAGAAUUUACCCUACAAAUAGAAACUCUCUCUCAAACAGAAAAGUUAAUAAGAGAUCAAAGACGUUUUAGUGCUGUUAGCUAUUUAAACCUAUUUUACAAACUUUGUUGUGUGUAGUGAACUUGAUUUUAUG